AUGCUUUUUUCAAUAUUGUCUCUUUUAUUGCUCUGCUCACUGCCCGCAUAUGCCAUCACAGGAGGCGAGGCGUGGGUAAGCUUCUACCGAACAUGUCCAGAUGACGCCUUCACCACCGACGAUCUUGCCGACAUAAUAUCCGCGACCCAGCAUUCAGCAAACGCAGUGCCUGCUAGGUCAGCUUCUGCUCGAACUUUCCACUCCACCCCCGCUAUUUCCAGUCCCUCUGCAACAGCACAUGCUGCGCCGUCGGUGUUCAGUAGCAAAAAAUCGCUAUUCCGAGCCCUACUCGCUGCUGCCCAGCCAGACUCGACAAAAGAAACGCGAACAGCUCCUUUCAAUAUUACCCAGGGCCAAUGCAAGGCCGUUCCCAUUGUGACCGAGACUCAUGCCGAUUCAAACUCGGUCUCUGUUGAGCUGGAACUGGUCACUGUCACGCCGUUUCAACAGUGCAAUAUGACUCUGCACGAAGUCGCUGGUUGCAUCGAUGAACCGCUUCUAACGGCGCCAGUAAAAGACCGUCAUGCAAAGAGUGAAUGCACAGAGCGAAACUUUGGUGCCUGGAGCGAUGUAUGGGUCCAGCUCGAUUGUGAGGAAGCUGGCACUGGGAAAUCUGGCGAGAACAGAAGAAACACCAUGACAAGGACACGACCUGAGCGACUUCCGGCUUGA